AUGGACGAGCACCAUCGCAACGCUUCUGUCAUAUGCUUCGUCGCGCAGCUAGCCCUUGAGGAUCCCCUUGCACGAUACCCGCAGAAAUUACUCUCUGACUUCCUUGAUGAUUUCAGUCGGCGGCAGCAGCAGCAGCAGCAAAACCAGGCCGCCAAGCCAGAUGGCCAUCGUCCCGGGUUGCUGAUGGGUUUCGAGAUCGAGUUUGUCUUGGUGGAUUCAUCGUUUGACAUUGCGACGCUCUCUGCGCUCGAGCACACAAAUGCCUACUCCAUGGCAACCGGCCUGUCCAUCCUCGAGGAAAUCGUGUGGGAGCGUGUCGGGCGUCUAGCACUAGCAAUCGUGCUGCAGGAGGGGCAAAAAAACCUACGGGAGUUUGGCAUCACGGGAGUUUGGCUUGCCAACCUCGAUAGGGAGGAGAACCAUGAUUCUGACGACAUCCUUGUCUCCCGCAACAAAGACUUUGUCAACAACCCAGUGCCGGUAAACCUCGGAACGGCGCCAGCUGUCACGGCAAGUGCCAUGGCAGCUGGCUGAAAGGUCCUGGUAAGAAAUCCCAACUAGGGUGCAGGGUCGGGUACGAAACCAAGUAGCCUGUGCAGCGCCCCAACACGUGACCCACAGACC